AUGGAGCUGGACCUGAAAGCCAGCACCUCUGAAGAGGAGACCUUGACAGAUCACUAUGUCAUCCUCGAGACCCUUGGCAAAGGGACCUUUGCUGAGGUGAAGUUAGCUUACCAUCUUCACACAGAGGUGGAAGUGGCUAUCAAGGCCCUGCAAAAUGGAACCAAAAAUGACUUGAGCAUUAAAACGGAAAUCGACCUAUUGAAAAUGUUGAACCACCCACACAUUAUCAAAUUGUUCCAUGUCAUCAACACCAAAGAAUACACCUAUGUGGUGAUGGAACAUGCUGCUCGUGGAGAUCUGGUGAGCCAUGUUGAGAGGGUGGGCAGUCUGCCCGAGGAGCAGGCCCAGGACAUGUUUGCACAGAUAGUGUGUGCAGUUGAGUACUGCCAUGAGAAUGGCAUUGCACACAGAGACAUCAAGCUAGACAAUAUCCUGCUGGAUGGCAAAGGGAACAUCAAGCUUUGCGACUUUGGUCUAGCCACGCGAGUCACCCCUGGCCAGGGCACCAAGGGAUUCUGUGGAACCCUUGAAUAUUGUGCUCCUGAGCUAUUCUUUAAAGAAGAAUACGACGCGAAAGCAGUGGAUAUAUGGAGCAUGGGAGUGGUUUUAUAUGCAAUGGUGACAGCAUCCUUCCCAUUCAAAUCCAAGACCUACACAGAAAUGAAAGAGGAGAUGCUGGAUCCCAAGUAUCACCUCCCAUAUUCACUUUCAGAAAGCUUAGCAGAUAUAGUUGUGCAGUUGUUCACUGUGGAGCCUGAGCUGAGGCCCAAGAUUAGUGGCAUUAGGCAACACCAGUGGCUCAAGGCAAAGGAAGAAUUUAACACCAUCACACCAUCCAGAGAGGCACUCAGUAACAACCCGAAUCCCAGUGUUGUUGUGGCAAUGUGGAAUAUGGGCUAUGACCCCAAGGACAUUAGUGCUUGUCUACGGGAGAAAAAAUUCAAUAAUGUCAUGGCCACAUACUUAAUUUUAUCCCACAAGUCACACCUCGACCAUUCAAAAUAUGCUGGGAAGUGUUUGCCAGCCUGUCUUAUUAAGAAGACCCCAGCUGAUGCCCUCACUCAUGUCCCUUCUCAGAGGGGACUCAGUGAGCUUUCUCUACCCACCAUGCUGGAGAAACACCAGGUGCUUAAUGAGGAGGGAUCAAGCAAGUGGCAGAUGAGAAGCCUGAGCAUGCCUGCCACCUUGUGCUGCCAUCAGAAGGAAAACAAAUGUCCACCAUCAGCCCCUAAAUUAACUCGGAAGAUCAUGCAUAUCAAAAGCAGAAAAUUGGCAGUAGAGAGCAGGAUUUGCAAUUCCUCAAGCUCAAGAUCCCUGUCCUCUGAGAGCAUUUUUUCUGCAAACUCUUUCUCCUGCAAGUCAAACCACAAAUUAGACACCACCAACAGUGGCACAUACACUCUGAGUACACCCUCUGUGAGGAGUUACAGGGAGGUACCUCAUAGUGUGAAGUACAAAGUGACCUAUGACAUCCAGAGAUCUUCUCUUCUGGCUAAAUCUAAAACCACCUUUGAGGAUCUUCCUCCUGAAGGCAUAAGUGAUAUCCAGAUAUCUUUCCUUCAGCCAAAAAUCAAGAAAAGCUUUGAUGAUAUCCCACCUGAAGGAAAACCUGAAAUUCAGAAAUCAUCCCUUCAGGAAAUCUCCAAGAAUACCUUCGACAAUGUCCCUAAAGAAGAUGUAAUUGAUAUGCAAGGACCUUCUUUCCAGACAACACCCAGGAACAGCUCCUGGGUCUCUCCUGAAAACCUAACUAAAGUUCAGAGACCUUCCCUUCUAACAAGGUCCAAGAAUAGUUGUUAUGACGUGCCAAAUGAAGGCAUAACUGCAACAUCUGCCAUCCAUAUAUCCACAUCUGCCAGCUGUCUAUCCACAACAUCUGCCAGCUGGCUAUCCCGAGCCUGGAAGAGGGUUAAGAGGAGAACUGGAAAUUGUGUGAGACUACUAUGCUGCUGCCUGCCAGCCUCAAAGACAAGACAUGAUUCUCAGAAAGAAGUGGACACAGAGGCAGUGGAGAAUGGUGCCAUGACACACACACAUCAACAUGGGGUGCCCAAGAUGCACACCUGCGUUUCUUAA